AAAUCGCUGCAUUUGGACUCCCGUGGCGGCGGGCGAGGGACACGCUGCCCGGGGCUUGGCGGAGUCAUGGCAGUGCCCUUCGUGGAAGACUGGGACCUGGUGCAAACCCUGGGGGAAGGCGCCUAUGGAGAAGUUCAGCUUGCUGUGAAUAGAAUAACUGAAGAAGCAGUUGCAGUGAAGAUUGUUGACAUGAAGCGUGCCGUAGAUGGCCCAGAAAACAUUAAGAAAGAGAUCUGCAUCAAUAAAAUGUUAAAUCAUGAAAAUGUAGUGAAAUUCUAUGGUCACAGGAGAGAAGGCAAUAUCCAGUAUCUGUUUUUGGAGUACUGUAGUGGGGGAGAGCUUUUUGAUAGAAUAGAGCCAGAUAUUGGCAUGCCUGAACAAGAUGCUCAGAGGUUCUUCCACCAACUCAUGGCAGGGGUGGUUUAUCUGCAUGGUAUUGGAAUCACUCACAGGGAUAUUAAGCCAGAAAAUCUCCUUUUGGAUGAAAGGGAUAACCUCAAAAUCUCUGACUUUGGCUUGGCUACUGUGUUUCGGCAUAAUAAUCGUGAGCGUUUAUUGAACAAGAUGUGUGGUACUUUACCUUAUGUUGCUCCAGAACUUCUGAAGAGAAAGGAAUUUCACGCAGAACCAGUUGAUGUUUGGUCCUGUGGAAUAGUGCUUACUGCCAUGCUGGCUGGAGAAUUGCCAUGGGACCAGCCCAGUGACAGUUGUCAGGAAUAUGUUGAUUGGAAAGAAAAAAAGACAUACCUCAACCCUUGGAAAAAGAUUGAUUCUGCUCCCCUAGCUCUGCUGCAUAAAAUCCUAGUUGAAAAUCCGUCGGUAAGGAUCACCAUUCCAGACAUCAAAAAAGAUAGAUGGUACAACAAACCACUCAAAAGAGGAGCAAAGAGGCCCCGGGUCACUUCAGGUGGUGUGUCAGAGUCUCCUGGUGGAUUCUCUAAGCAUAUUCACUCCAACUUGGACUUCUCUCCAAUAAACAGUACUUCUAGUGAAGAAAAUGUGAAGUACUCCAGUUCCCAGCCAGAGCCACGUACAGGUCUUUCCUUAUGGGACACCAGUCCCUCAUACAUCGAUAAACUGGUACAAGGGAUCAGUUUCUCCCAGCCUGCAUGCCCUGAUCACAUGCUUCUGAAUAGUCAGCUAGUUGGCACCCCAGGAUCUUCACAGAACCCCUGGCAGCGCUUGGUCAAAAGAAUGACACGUUUCUUUACCAAAUUGGAUGCAGACAAAUCUUAUCAGUACCUGAAAGAGACCUGUGAGAAGUUGGGCUAUCAGUGGAAAAAGAGUUGUAUGAAUCAGGUUACUGUGUCAACAACUGAUAGGAGAAACAAUAAACUGAUUUUCAAAGUGAAUUUGGUAGAAAUGGAUGAGAAGAUAUUGGUUGACUUCCGGCUUUCUAAGGGUGAUGGAUUGGAGUUCAAGAGACACUUUCUGAAGAUUAAAGGGAGGCUGAGUGACGUUGUGAGCAGCCAGAAGGUUUGGCUUCCUGCCUCGUGAUCUCGUAGCCCUCAGGAUUCCUGGUGAAUGUGGUGCUGCUGCAUUGGCAUUGUUCUUCCUAGAGAAGAUUAUCCUAUUCUGCAAACUGCAAACAAUAGUUGCUGAAGAAUUCUGUAUCCAAACAUCUUCCAAUUCUUUGUAUGUUUUGGAUACAAAUAAUACCUGUAUCUUAAUUGUAAGUAAUACUUUGGGAAAGGGGUAUUUUUUCAUCUGUGUCAUGUCUAAAGUUGAAAUCCAUCUGGUAGAAGCUAGGUUUAGGGUACAUGUGUUCAGUAGCUUUAAUACUAACAUAAUAUCUCAUUCUUACCAAAACAUGCUUCAUCCAGAAAGUAUGUAUUUCUUCCACAUUGAUUUAAUUAUAAAGAUGGGCUAGCAAGGCUUCAUUGCUGUGACUUUUGGAUAGUAGACUUGUCAGUCUGGGAAGUGAGGCUAGCUUCAAAAAAUGUAACCCCAACAUUUGUACUUAUAUUUUGAAAAGGGUCCGACCAGUUAUAUAAAUCUGUUGUUGAGUUAUAAUGAUUAAUUAAAAUUGCAAUUGGUUUUUUUUU